AUUAGACUUUUUAUCUGUGAAUCAUUUGAAAGAUUCGGUAGUCAUUUCCAUGCGAGUAACUAAGUACAUUUUGUUGUUACUUCGGCGGUAUGUCAGUCGACUUAUCUAUGCAAGUGUUUAAAGUGUAUUUGACCUAGUUUUCACCUCCAACUUGAAUCAACAAUUUAUUUUUGGAUUUAACCUCAUCAGGCUCAUGUUUAUUUUGGAAAUUAUAGGUGUAGCUAAUUUAUUGUUGCGGUAACUGAAAAUGAAAGGAUUUAUGAUAUAAAGAAUUCUUAUGCUGACUGUAUGGCAAGAGGCAUACAGUAAAUAGAUCUAAUAAUUUGCGCGUCCAUUAUCAGGGAGGUAUUGGUCGGGGAAUCAGCUGAUUUCAUGCUAUUGUGCAAGGUUCGGGUUUAAACUACACUAUAACUAGAGAUGGAAAGGGGAGCAGAGGCUGUAUGUUUGCACAAUGAAUGUGAAUGUGAAUUACAACAGAAUACAAGUGACCCUCACAAGUUGCCACGGCCACCAGAUUAUGAGGAACACAAGCCUCCACGUGACACUGAUGGGGAGGAUUCAGAUUUCUCGCUAGAUGAUGAUACAGAUGAUGAUAUUAUGAAUGUCAGGAAGAUGGUGUCAGACAGCCCAUCAAGGUUACUCUUAAAUGGUCGACCAAUAGUGCCACACUUUGGUCCUCUUAUUCAUGAUGACAUUACAGCAGCAGGAAGUUCAAGUGUAAGUCUCCCACCACAAUCUGUCCCAAUGUCUGCUCAACAGGACUUAGUGUGGCUUGGGAGCUCAUUGGGAACAAUGCACAAAGUGCCUAUUAGAGGUAAACAAAGUAUUGGAUCUCGAAUUGAGGAACUUAGUAGGGCACCAAGUGCCCUGUCCAAAAAGGUGCCAAGUUGUAACUACAGCUCAUUGACAGUGUCUUCAUGUGGAACAGACAUGUACUCUUUCUGUAAGAUCUGUCAGAUGCAAGGAGAUGAACGUGAUCCUCUUAUUACCCCAUGUCGAUGUUCUGGUACACUGCGAUAUAUACAUGUCUCAUGUUUAAAGAAAUGGAUACGAAUCUCACAGAGGCGAGGUAAGAAACAACCACCAAGAUGUGAACUCUGUCAUUUCCAAUAUAUGAGGCACAAACAAUUCAAGUUUAGCCAAUGGAGAUGGCCGAGAGUUCGUAGACGAGACAAAUUUCUCCAUAUUAUUUUUCUUCUGAAUCUUCUCAUCAUGGUUGGCUGCGCCAUAGCAACUGUCAUGUGCUUUCUAUCUGAUCGUGACAAUGCUGCAAAGUUUCCAAAGAACAAGGUAAAGCUUACGUCGGAAGAAAUCAUCACGCUCACUUGUGGGGUCAUGUUUUUCGUCGCCUUCUUCAUUGCCAUGACUGUUGAAAUCAAGGCCCGGCACACAUUGUACAAACUCUUCUUACGCUUCAUAAUGCACAAUACUGAAUGGACUGUGGAGUCGUAUGACCCAAAUAAAGAUCCCCUGUUUAAAAAGGCCCCACUGACUGUCAGUCAGGUGUAAUUUGAAAAUACAAAAGUGAAUGUUAAUGGAAAUUAAAUUUGAAAAUCUAGAAAAUUAAUUUAACAGCACAGUGUUUUACUUGUGAUUAUGAUGCAAAAAUUGGUUUGACAAAAAAUCAAAUUGGUGGCUUUGUAGAUAAAUGGGUAAACAUUAUUGAUUUUCUUUUCAAAUAAUUUCCAUAUUUUUAUUGUUUCAGAUUUAUUGUUUUAAACAUACGUAAAUGUUGUUUGCAUUGAAAAUCAAGUUUAAUUCAAGGAAAUUUGAAUGUGCACUAAAAAUGGCAGUUGAAUUACAAAUCUAGAUAUGUUUUGAAAAUUCAACAAUGUUUCUAUUAUAGAACUUGAUAUUUUACUUGGCAUGGAACUAUUUAUUAUGCGCAGUGCGCAUGUAUGAUAUAUUUUUGCCAAAUUUCAUCAUAAACUUUAAAAAGGUGCCAGCAUGAUAUGCGGCACAUACAACUGGUUUUAUUAUUGUAUAUACUUACUUUGUGACAUGUAUUUUUAUGGCAUUGUUGCAAAGUGAAUCAUGAAUAGCUGAAAUUUGGCUCUUUGUAUUUUUGAUAUUUUUAUCAACAUUAUUUUGAAAGCGAUGUUUAUGUAAACAACUAACUUAAUGUCAGAAGUAAACAAAGUAAAAAACAAAACAAAAACAAAUAAAUCCUGGUUAGCAGGAAUCAAUGCAUAAUAGCAAUUAAUGAGAGCUAUAUAGAUUUAUAGUGUUGAUAUGGACAAGUCACAUUUGAUACAUGUUGUUACCAUAGAACAAAAGUUUGCAAUAUUGGCAUAUUGAUGUAUUGAGCUAUCAAAUUUGUGUGCCAAGCAAGCUAUACAUAUAUGCUAUAUUUGUACACAAAUCUGGGGUGAUAAUCCCUACAGGUUGUGUCAUACAUAUCUCUAAAAAAAUGUUAAGACUUUUGGCAGAUUCAAUUUCGGAUUAGAAAAUGACUGUUUUCUGUAUAUUUCAUUAAUGUACUGAACCUACUUGUGUAAUGAAUUUGCCCAGUCAUGAAUUUGGAACAGUCCAUUCCAAUAAUAAGGGAUUUAAAUUACAAAAUACAAAAAUUGAGGAUUGGACUUCAUCAGUUAAAAACUAAUCACUUUUGUUGUCAGUAACUUAAGGAUAAAUGUUACUAGGGUACUUGUGUGUUGAGAAAGUUUCAGUAGAAUGUGAAUAACGAUGUUAUUAAACAAAAUGUAUAUGUACUAUUACUUGUAAUUGAGUGGAGAUAUAAUUCUGUUAUGUAUGGUUACUCUUGUGUAGAGAUUUUUAACACUAAGCUAAAAUGAUCAAAGUUAGGUAAUUAUUACCCCCCCCCCCUCUUUUGCCCUUUUGUUUUAUACUUUCAUAUAUUCCACAUAAUUAUCUUAUAUUUUGUUGUUAUAUUUGUUUUAUUUAUUUAUUUACUAAACUUUUAUGUUUGUGAAAAAUAAAACAAACAAAGUGAUGUGUAUGGUUAACAACCAGUACAUAGUGAUUCAUAAUGUGAUUUUUUUCUGUAUAGGACUUAAUAAGUACAGUUUGUUUUCUACGUUUAUGUUUUUUUGUUUUGUAGAUUAUUUUAUU